UAUACAAUUUGCUGAAUGGCUGGUGAAGAGGAGGACGAUACUGGUGCCAGUACCUCAAAAGCGGCUGCAGCCAAUAACAACAACGGUAAUCACUUGAAAUCGGAAAAAGAAGAACAAGAAGAUGAACAAAAAUCUACUACACCAAUAAAAACUGCUGCUGGUACAAGAAGUAAAACUGAAACUGACUUUGGUAAGGAUUAUAAAAGUGAAGGUGAUUUAAAAGACGAUCUAAAUAGUGACGAUAACAAUAAGAGCAAAAACGGUACUGGAAAAGAAAACAAGGACAAAGCAGGCAUCGACGAAGACGACGACGACAACGAUAGCGAUCUGCCACAAUCAGAGAUCGAAGUCAGUUCUUUGCCAUCACCAUUGUUUGAUUUAGAUGACGAAGCAAAAGAAGAACUAGCUGAUUUAAGUAUGAUGUUACAUUCGUCAGCUCCGUUUGCUCCGCAUCAUCAUCAUCAUCCGCAUGCACAUCAUGCACGUGCUGGCGGUGCUGUUGGUGGCGUGGGGGGUGUUCAAAACUAUGGUGGUGUAAAUAGUGCUUUUCAUCGUCAACCAAGUUCGGGUGGUUUCCAUCAUGGACAUCAUCAGGGUCGUAUGCCCUCUCUUAGUCGUGCCGUCUCCAUGGAACAUCGUUUUCAAGAUAUAGCCAGUCUUUUCAAUCCCAUGGGUGUUGUAGGUGGUGUCUCCGAAAUGUCUCCUUAUCCCCACUAUCCCUCACAUCCUUAUUCCUAUCAAAGUGGACCACAACAUGCUCAAUAUCCUCCACCACCACCACAUCCCCAUCAUCAUCAUCACGCCAUGUUACAUCCCAAUGCCUCUUUGGGUGAUUUGUGUUCGUCACAGCCUCAUUAUGGUCAUAAUUUGGGUUCUGCCGUUUCGUCUAGCAUGCAUUUGACUAAUUCCUCUCACGAAUCUGAUGUUUCGGGUGUGGGCGCCGGUGCUGUGGGUGGUUCUGCUGCUGCAAAUAUUGGAGCUUAUAAAAUGGAACAUGAUAUGAUGUAUUAUUCGAACGCUUCUUCGGAUAUGAAUCACACUACCGAUGGUUUUAUCAAUUCAAUUUUAAAUGAUGAAGAUUUACAUUUGAUGGAUAUGAAUGUUAACGACAGUUUCUGCCGUAUGGUUGAUGUCAACAACAGCACCAGCAACAAUUCAUCGGUUUUGGGCAUUUCCAGCGGCCAUGCCAAUGCAGCUACUGGCUCAGCUAACGGUUCGAGCAGUGGCAUUUCCAUGAGUGGCACAAAUGUAGGCGCCGCUGGUGGUGCCGCCGGCAUGACUAGCGAUUUAAUGAAUAGUGCCGGUGCUCAAGGUGGCACCGAUCGUUUAGAUGCCUCUAGUGAUAGUGCCGUCAGUUCGAUGGGAUCAGAGCGUGUACCCUCCUUGUCGGAUGGCGAAUGGGGUGAGGGUAGUGAUUCGGCACAGGACUAUCAUCAGGGCAAAUAUGGUGGUCCCUAUGAUUACAGCUAUAACAACUCUACUAGCAAUAAUCGUUUAAAUGAUGGCACUCGUCAACCUCCUGUAGCCCAGAAGAAACAUCAUAUGUUUGGCAAGCGUUUCCUUAAUGAACAGCCUGCUGUUAAUGCGGCAAAUGGUGCCAAUCCUGCUGCCACUGGCGUCAAUGGUGUGCUAAAUGGUCCUGCUCAUUCGAUUAAAUAUGAAUAUGAACCUUAUCCUCCGGUAGCUGGUCUACAUGAAAAUAUGGACAAUGGCCUGCAGGGUGGUGCCAUGGGUGGUCCCACUCUAACCAAGGAACAUCAUACCUAUGGCGGUGCCUACUCGCUCGACUUCUCGGUACGCACUCCCCGUACAGCCCAUGAAAUUGUCCAACAUAACCACACGUACACCCUGCCUCAGGGCUCGGGAUCACUACCACGCCCUCAGCAACGUGAUAAGAAAACGUCUACAUCAUCCUCGUCUACCAAAUCGUCCAAGUCUGCUCAUAAUAGUAGCGGCAGUGGCGGUGAGGAAGAUAACUAUUUGACACGCGAUGAAAAACGGGCACGCGCCAUGAACAUUCCCAUACCGGUGACAGAUAUUAUUAAUCUACCCAUGGAUGAGUUCAAUGAACGUUUAUCGAAAUACGAUUUGAGUGAGAAUCAAUUGUCAUUGAUACGUGAUAUACGUCGUCGUGGCAAGAAUAAGGUGGCCGCUCAAAAUUGUCGUAAACGUAAAUUGGAUCAGAUUUUAUCGCUUGAAGAUGAGGUGAAACAGGUGCGUCGCCGUAAGGAAGAUUUGCAGGCACAACGUGACCGUUUGUUUAAUGAACGCAAAAGGGUGUCAAAUAAGUUUGGUGCUUUGCAUAGACACAUUUUCCAAUACUUACGCGAUCCGGAAGGCAAUCCUUGCUCACCAUCCGAAUACAGUUUACAGCAAGCUGCCGAUGGCUCAAUUUAUCUGCUGCCGCGCGAUGCUGCCAAUAAAAAUGACACCUCUACUGGUGUGCUACAGCACGGCAGCACCGCAAAUGGCAGCUCUCAACCAACACACCAUCAGCAAAUGUCACAAACACAUACAAAUGCCCAUGUAGCCGGUGGUCACCAUCAUCCUCAUCUGCAGCAGCAAGCUACCACUGCUGCUACUGCGGCUGCUGCAUCUCUGGCUCACAGUCAUGUGCAGCCACAUCAUCAUCACCAUCAACAGACACAGCAGCGUCUGCAUCAGCCCGGACAAACCACGCAUCCGCAUCCACAAACACAGCAUAAUGGUGGUGGUGGAGCGGCGCAUCAACAAAAGGAUUGAAAUCUAUUGUGGCAACACUAUGCAGCGCAUUGGUUUCAAAUUCAUCAUCAUCAACAUCGUCGUCAUCAUCAACAGAAACAGCAGCAACAAACCUCUAGUACUCAUGGUAUAGUACAUUCUAAUCAUUAUUAUCACCAUCAUCAUCCUCAAACUUCUUGUCACAAUCUUCAUUAUCAUCAAUCUCCUUCUUCCCAUUAUUAUCAACAUCCUGGGCAUUACGAGUCUACUUACUGUUGAACAUUUGUAUUCAGGGGUUUUAUAUCUUUAUUAUUUUCUUUCUUAUAUUUUAAUAGUUUUUUUAUUUUUAUUAUUAUUUGUUAAUUGUUAAAUUAAGGCCGUAUAAAGUGUGGGUUAUGAGAAAAAAACUGAUAAAACAAACAAAAAAAGAAAAUUUUAAGAUAUUUUGCACAACAAAAAUUUUAGAAAAGUUAAUUUUUUUAUAAAUAGAAUUUUAAAUAUUUUUAACUUCUUAGCUACAGCUUAAUUUUAUAACUUUGGUUUCAAAUGUGAUUUUUUUUUAAGUAUAAAAUAAUUCAAAAUUUUCCUUUUAAUUAUUUUUAUUGUAUUUCAAAAAUUUUUUUUGGAAAUAGAAAAAAAAGUAGAUUGUUAAUUAAAAUUGGCAUUUUUUAAAGAACAUUUAUAUAACAAAAUCUACACCACAACAACAAACAAUUUUAUGAAUUUGUGAUAAAUUUUCAAAUUUUAAAGAAUGAAUUUUUUCUUUUUUUUUCAAAAUAAAAACCAAACUAUAAAAAAAACAAUUACAGCAGCACAAUAUUACAUAUGUACUUCUAAAAUAUUAAUUUGUUUCCCCUUUUUAAACUAACACUCCCUCUCUAAAGUAUCAUCUCUCUCUCUUAACACUAGUGAAGUUAUUUAAAAAAAAAA